AUGGGUACUGCUUACGUCUCCGCUUGGUCGUAUGAUCUACUCGUAACAGUACCUUCUAUUAUCAUGCUAUCAAGCUUCUCGGUUAUCGCCCUAUUCUGGGCCCAGGUAUAUUAUACAUCGAGGUUUAUGGUUUUGCAUCAUUCACAAUUCGUGUUCUGGUUUCUGAAUAUCGGUGUCUAUUCUAUUCUAUUCGUGGUUGCUGCAAUGACCAAGUUACUCGCGGCUUUCGAGGAAUUGAGAAUAUAUAAUGCCUUACUGCUGUCUGCGCUGUUCCUCUGUGUGGGAAUUGCAUUCAGCUUGUACGGCCUAAAAGUAAAUCCACUGGUCG